AUGGCAAACCCUAACCAGACAAUGGUCACAGAGUUUGUGCUUCAGGGGUUCUCAGAGCACCCCAGGUUGCAACUGUUCCUGCUUGGUUGUUUACUAUCCCUGUACACUGUGGCCCUCACUGGCAGCAUUCUGAUCAUUGUUUUGGUCAGCUCCAGUGCUGGCCUCCACAGUCCCAUGUACUUUUUCCUCUGCAACUUGGCCACCAUGGACAUUAUCUGUACCUCCUCAGUGCUGCCUAAGGUACUUUUAGGCUUAGCAUCUGAUGAAAACACCAUCUCCUUCCAGGGGUGCAUGGUCCAGCUCUUCUUCCUUGUCUGGUCUGCUUCCUCUGAGCUGCUGCUUCUCACAGUCAUGGCCUAUGACCGCUAUGUGGCCAUCUGCUUUCCCCUGCACUACAGCUCCAGGAUGAGCCCACAAAUGUGUGGAGUCAUGGCCAUCGGUGUAUGGGGUAUCUGUGCUCUGAAUUCCUCCAUCAACACUGGUCUGAUGCCACGCCUGUUGUUCUGCGACCCCAAGGUCAUCAAUCACUUCUUCUGUGAGAUCCCCCCAUUCCUGCUGCUCUCCUGCAGCCCCACGCGUGUGAACAGCAUCAUGACUCUCUUGGCUGAUGCCUUCUACAGAGGCAUAAACUUCCUGCUCACCCUGCUGUCCUAUGGCUGCAUCCUCGCCAGCAUCCUGCGCAUGCGUUCCGCAGAAGGGAAGCGGAAGGCCUUCUCCACCUGCUCCUCCCACCUCAUCGUGGUCUCUGUGCACUACUCCUCCGUGUUCUGUGCCUACAUCAGCCCUGCCUCCAGCUAUAGCCCAGACAGAAGCAAAGUGGCGGGUGUGCUGUACUCGGCCCUCAGCCCCACACUGAAUCCCCUCAUCUGCACCCUGAGGAACAAGGAAGUCAAGCACGCCCUGGGGAGACUCUUACCCUCUCUCCAAAUUAUGUGA